GAGAUCAAUUGAAAGCUGCCAGGAAAGCUGCACCCAAGCCCGCAAUUUUGUUUGACCCUUGUAUACAUAUCACGCAUAGGUUAAGCGCUGGCCUAACUACUCGUAUCCAUAUACCUAGCGCCUGACGAGGGGCUGAGGCUGAGGCUGUCCUUUCUCGGACGUGGAUCAAAGCGCAGGAGGUCUGGCCCAGUCCUUAAAUCUAAUGGCGCCCACGCAGCGCGUAAUAACAACUUGGAGCAGCAGGCGUUGGAUGACGAGUAGGGUCGCAACCCCCCUCGCCAUCCUUUGUCACCAGCGGGCCAGCACGGCCGUCCACGGCGACGAUGGCAUGGACACAGUACCAAUGGUGUUGUAAGGUCGCCUCUUUGGGGCCACGUCAAGUGAGCAUCUACGGGGUAAUCCGAUCCCGACGGCGUCGUGGACGUGGACGAGGAGGGCGGCCAGGCAGGGCAGCUGCCACAGCAGCCGCUGCAACAGGGCCACCGGAGGAGCUCCGGCGGCAGCACCACUGCUGCUAACGGGGCGGCGGCGUGCCAGGAUGGUAGUUCUGGUACCGGGGCAGCAGCGGCCGAGCAGCAGCCGGCGGUGCCUGGGCAGCAGCUGCCACAGGCACAGCAGCAGGCGCAGCAGCCCGAUUGGGGCACGCUGUUCACGGCGCUAAGCCUGGGCGGAGGCGGCGGGCGCAGCAGCCAGCGGGCCGACCCCAUUUGGGCAGCGGCGAGCAUGAACCGUGGCGGUUGCGGCGGCGCGGGCGACGGAGUUGGAGUGCGGCGGCCUGGCGCGACCGCAGGGCAACCCGGUUGCUACAGGGCGACAGCGGAUGGGCGCUCACUGUACAAGGUCCGGGACCUGGAGUAGGUGAGCGUGGCCAGCUUGGGGGUUUGGGGGAGGGGAAGCGCGGGCCUGGCUGGUUUCCUGGUUUGCGAACGGGUGCGCGUCUGCGAACCAAGAAAGAAGCCGGCUGAGUGUGACACACUGGAGAGUUGACACAUUCCAUGUGUGAGAGUGUUUCUCCUGAAGCCUUAAAGGACAUAACUUCAGCAAUUCACUGGUAACGCGAGGCAAGCCGGGACCCGCGUCGGCGGCGCCGCCGUCGGUUUUCGGCCUAUGGAAUCUUCCAA